AAACCUAGAUAAUUUCUUUAAUUACUCAUAAAAGUUGAUAUCGUGUGAAUGACAUUUUUGUUGUGGUGGCUUAUUCGUGAAAAUUUGUGGUGCAGAAAAAUUAGCCAGCAAGUGGUUAACACCUCAAGUUAUCGGGUGAUGUUGCUGGGCUUUGGAACUUUCAAAGAAUUAAACAAAAUCCAGAUCUCUCAUAAUCGCUUCCCUUCCAUCCCAUCCAUGGCUUCCCUUCCCAGUCCAUCAGCCACCACUGCUCUGCAACACAAGGUGAAUUGUGCAACUGCUAAACCUAUAUCUGUAAAUUCACUAUGCCAUUUUUAUCAAACCAAUGUUGGUAGCGGUAGGUCUCCCAGGUUUUGUUUCAAGACAAAAGCUAAGCUCUCUGCUGAAACAAAUAUAGUUGAGAAAGAAUCAACAUGUGUCAAUGAGAAGAUUGAUUAUGGAGUUGUUAGUGUUCAUCAUGUUGGAGUGCUGUGUGAUAACCUUGAAAGGUCUCUUGAAUUUUAUCAGGGAAUCUUAGGGCUUGAAAUAAAUGAAGAAAGGCCACAUGAUAAACUUCCCUAUAGGGGUGCCUGGUUGUGGGUGGGUUCUGAAAUGAUCCAUUUAAUGGAGCUUCCCAAUCCUGACCCCUUGACUGGACGACCUGAACAUGGUGGCCGGGAUCGACAUACUUGCAUUGCCAUUCAGGAUGUGUCCAAGCUAAAAGUGAUCCUUGAUAAAGCUGGUAUUCCAUAUACGCUUAGCCGGUCUGGAAGGCCUGCCAUAUUUACACGAGAUCCAGAUGCAAAUGCUCUAGAAUUCAGUCAAGUGGAUGGCUGAUAUAUUCCAGUCUCAACAGAGUAGAAACUUGUAAUAUCAUUUAGAUGCGAAGUUAGUAUCACAAUACAGGUUGCAAAUGUUGGAAGUGCAGAAUAUGCCAUUACAUUCUCUAUCUUUCUGCAGAUUAUGAAAACUGGGUUUAUAAA